AUGACCGGCAGCGUUCACCCGUGCCUGUGUGUCAGUGACCACGGGUGGUGCUCGGCUGCGCCCGGUAGCACUCACCCGCGUCAACCAUCGUGCCAGGGUAUUCCGGCGAACUCCCAAACAGCCGGACGAGGAGCAUCCCGUGGCAGUAGGUCCAACCAGCGCCGGCGACCCUCUAAAGCCGGCGACCUCCGUGCAGUCCGCGAGCUUUUCCGACAGCGGCAACGGUCUCUUUUUCCGCCGAGUUCUCCAGCCGCUGGACAUCUGUGCGACCGAGAAGACAAGAGGAAAACCCCUCGCCGGCGACCCACUUCAGCAGCUUCUCGCCAAUUUUCGUUCGCAGCAGCCGGACACAGCUGCGGCCGAUUUCCCUUUCUCAACGAGCAGUGGCCGGUUCGGGCCCCGUGCGAGAAGAACAACGACAACCCUCAUCGAACUUGCUGGGUAAUUCGAACAACAGCAACUUUUCCGUUUGUUCGAACCGAGAAGCAUUCCGUCGCUGGCUUUGAUGGAACAGCAUCUGUUCGCAUCUUGGACUGGGAGGCCCGAACGUAUCACCGAUUACCAAUAGCAACAUCCUCGGCACACCGCGAACAGCCGAGGCGAGCCGUUCUAAUCUGCCGUGCAUCGCCGAUCGCAGCAGCCGAGCCCUCGCCGGAGUAG